AUGGCGAUGAGGCAAGAGAGCCUGCAGGAGCCAAUGUUCAUCCCGACAUCUACGGAGCUCUUGGUGAAGCCGCUGCGCCCCAAGCCGGACCUGAUGCCCUUGAAUAGCUGGUUCGAAACUCUCCAGGCCACUGCUGACGCGAAGUAUGAGGAGUCGGCGCAGCCACUGCCUGCGAAAGGUGCCAAGAAUUCCUACAAGAAGAACCCCAGGAUGGUCAGGGAGGGUCGACGUGGAUCCACAGGCAGUGUGGACAAGAGUGGUGAAGGAAACAGAAUCCGGGAGUUGCUGCCUUCGGACCUGACCGCGCUUGACGAAUACAUCCACCGCUGCAGACUGGGACCCUUCCGACCCGGGGUGGCUCGAGGUCUAGUGGAGCAGACGCAGACGGCGCCGACCCAAGCGGAGCGUGCGCGAGCAUCAAAGGAGCUGCAAAAGCUGCGUUCAAAGUCCCGCUCGGAGCUGGGAAAGCUACGUCGGAUCCAAGAGAACCGGAUUGCCCAGCUAGGCACACCCGAGCAGCAGCACCCUCCGGAGAAGGACGACAAAGAGCAAGCCGACGUGUUCCAGGUAACCUUGGAGUGCCCGCGUUCACAAGUGCCCGGCCACUAUGGGCAUUAUCUCCCAGGGAAGGCUUACGACCGGCCAAAGGCCCUCAAGCCCUUGGUGCGGAAGCUGGUGAAUGUCCUGCGAGUACUCUCAUUGGGGCGCCACCACCGAAGAUCCUUCCACUCAAGCUCUGCGCGCUUCGCAGGCAGAAGGCUCUCGGAUCCCUACUCGGAGGGUGAGCAGGCCUUCUUAGCCAAGGUGCUGUCCUUCGUACCGCUGAUGGCCCGAAGCGGCAAGCUGAUGCUACCCUUCUUGACGGAGGCGGGCAACAAGAGUGGCGAUCUCGCUGCCACAACCAUCCAUCAGGUCAAGAUCUUGACGGCACGAGCUGUGUGGAAAGACCUGGUGGAGCCGUUGAAGGAAGAGAUCGAGAAGUCCAAGACACGACAUACAUCUUUGCAGGAAGUGUUCAACGAGACACGAUCCGAGUACCUCAGAGAGGUGGCGGCCCUCCGGGAUGAGGUCCGAAUCCGUGGGGACCCGGAGAAAGCCAUGGGGCUGGGGCAGAUGAAAGAUGUAAUGUUCUUCUUCGAGCCCAUGAAGACACUCCAACCACACGAGUUGCAGUAUUGUCUGGAGGUGGUGAAGGAGAAGUUGAAGAUGAUCUUUGAGGAGAAUGCCGCAGUAACGCAGACGGUGAACUUCGGCCAAGUGGAUCGCUUGAAAGAGCUUCUGGUGAAUGCAGAAGUUGCCAAACAUCGGGAAAUCCUGAACCGGAAGACGGCAGAGAUCAUGGAGCUGGAGCGAGAGCGGCGCCACCUCCAGCGGGAGCUGGCCAUCGUCUCCAAGGGCUACCGGGAUGCCCAGGUGAGCGUCGAAGCAGCAAACUAUGUCUCGGAGUCCAAUGUGGCUACAAUGUCGCAAGAAACAGAGAAAUUGCGCGCGGAAAUCGGCUCUCUCAAGGAGACUCGCUUUCGACGCGAAUCAAUGCUCAAAAAGACCACGGACGAGCUCCGUGCCGCGCAGCUUGAGCGCGACGACGCAAUGCAAGAAAUGAAGAGUUACCAACAAAAGCUCGGAGAGGCUGAAGCGCAGCUUCAGGGUGUUUCCCAGGAGAUGGAGGCCGUCCGCCGCGAGGUGCGGCUGCUAGAGAACCAGGAGGCCCUUCUGGCCGAGCAGCUAGAGCGGCAGCGAGCACACGGCGAGAUUUUGGUGCAGGAGAACAUCGCCCUUCGAAAGACGGUCGGCCGAUGGCAGGAGAAGCGUCGCCGAAGUCUUUUGGAGAAGCGCUCGAAAGAGCGGAGAGAAGAAGCGCUCGAAAGAGCGAAGAAGCGCUCGAAAGAGCGAAGAAGCGCUCGAAAGAGCGGAGUGCUCGAAAGAGCAGAGCGCUCGAAAGAGCGGAGCGCUCGAAAGAGCGACGAGGAGAAGCGCUCGAAAGAGCGAGGCGAUCGCAAGCAUAGGCCCGAUCCGCUUCGCCGGGUCAUGCUGGAAGAGGUGCCAUUGCACUGCAUCCGUUGCAAGGCGGGUCGAGCCCUUUUCCCUGGAAUCCAUCAGAGCAAUGGCAGGGAGGAGAUGGACAGAGCGACCGGUUCUGGCAGCGACAACCCUCUUGAGAACCAUGAGUUUCUUGAGGAGCUUCUCGAGGUAGGCCACAGGGCAUUGGUCGCGGUCGUGGCCAUGGCUUUUGGAGCAGUGUCUGGGCACCCAAAGGGUUCAGCCGGGCGACACAGAUCGAUGUGUGCUGGAAUCCUGAUCGCGUGGCUUUUCGCUGUGGAGCUCUGGGCGCCGUCGCACUACGGUCUUCAGUCCUAUCCAAGGUCAAUUUGGCUGCCAGAUGAGAUCAUCCAGAAGCUCGAGGCCAUCAAGGCAGAAGCCGUGGAGCGUAUCAUCUGGGGGCUGGGUUCGUGGUCGCCGUCGGCUUCUGGUUCGGGUGCCAGCGGUGCCAGCGGUGCCAGCGAUGCCAGCCAAACUGCUCCGCAGCUGCCUCCGACGACUCUGCGGGAAUGGACAACGCAGACAGCCAGAUACAAUCUCUACAAGGCCGCUCCGGAGGUGGCUGGCUUGCUGGCAGAGCUAGCUGUGGAUGACAUGGCCUGGAGGGCCAUGUCUGCGUUGGCCCAAAGCAACCAUCAGAUGGCCAUGGAGUUCUUCAGCUAUUGCUUGAAUGGCCGCAUCCCGGUUGCCAUUGCAAUUCUGCUUCUGGGGCCAGAGGACAACUACGGGAUGAGAAAUGCAUCCGCAGCAGUGAUGUACCAUUGCCAGCAGCGGUUCAAAGAGCUCAAGAAGGGCUACGAUUUCGUGGGCGUCGUGGUAGUGCCGACGGUCCCCCUCGCGGUCGCCCUCGUGACUCUGGUGGUCGCCCUCGUGAUUCUGAUGCUCGUGGUUCUGAUGGUGGUCGCGGUCGCCUGUGCAAUUAGUGCUUCAGUAAACAAGUACAGUCGCUGCAGGUUCGUGGUCUUGGCCCAUGCAAUACUUCAGAACUAUGUUUCGCAGUAUUGA